AUGAUAGAAUCGAAUGUUGCUCAGACAGGGACACCGUCAACAUAUACGGGUCGUCAGCAGAUAUCAAUCACUCCUGGUGGAACUAGAUAUUGGACACCACAUUGUGAUGAUCCCCUUAAACCUUAUAAAGGGCAAAAGUUCCAAACGCUGGAUGAUGCAGUAAUCUUCUAUAAGGCGUAUGCGUAUGCUGUUGGUUUUGAUGUACGACAGAGCACGUUGAUCAAAUCACGUGAUAAUAAGACUAUACUUUGGAAGUAUCUGGUAUGCUCACGAGAGGGUUAUAAACGCAAUGCACAUGUUGACCAUUCAAACCCACCCGAUGGACACAUAAGAAGGAGACGAGUAUCCAACCGCGUGGGUUGUGUUGCGAGGAUAGUGCUGCGUGUAGAUGGGCUCAGUGG